CUUUCUUUGGCUAUAUAAGACUCUCCUCAGCAUUGGUUAUUCCUCACUCUUCUGGAUUGAGAAGAAAAGAAGUAGGCAUCAUCAUGGCGUACAGAAUCUCAUUGUUGCUGGUGGUCCUCAUGGCUGCUGCUAUUUCAAUUGCUUCAGAAGACAAAGCGACUUAUGUAGUUCACAUGGACAAAACCCAGACCACAGCUUUAGACCACACUCUUGGGGAUUCCAAGAAAUGGUAUGAAGCAGUGAUGGAUUCCAUCACAGAAUUGUCAGCUGAAGAAGAUGGAGGAGGAGAAGAAGCAUCAGACCCUGAGCUCCUUUACACCUAUGAAACUGCAAUCACUGGCUUUGCUGCAAGGCUUUCCACUAAGCAGUUGGAAUCCUUGAACAAAGUUGAGGGGUUUCUGUCAGCUGUUCCUGAUGAAAUGAUGAGUCUCCAAACCACCUACUCACCUCAGUUCCUUGGCCUGAAAUUUGGAAGAGGACUAUUGACUUCACGCAACUUGGCAAACGAUGUGAUAAUUGGCAUUGUCGAUUCUGGAAUCUGGCCUGAACACGAUAGUUUCAAGGAUAGGGGCAUGACACGACCGGUGCCCUCUCGAUGGAAGGGUGUUUGCGAGCAAGGCACAAAAUUCACAGCUAAAAAUUGCAACAAGAAGCUUAUAGGCGCAAGAGCCUACUACAAAGGCUACGAGGCCACAGCUGGGAAAAUAGAUGAAACAGUGGACUUCCGAUCUGCUAGGGACUCCCAAGGCCAUGGAACUCACACCGCAUCAACCGCAGCUGGCCAUAUGAUAGAUGGAGCUAGCAGUUUCGGUAUGGCCAAGGGCGUUGCCGCUGGAAUGAGCUGUACAGCAAGAAUUGCUGCAUACAAAGCUUGUUAUGCUGGUGGUUGUGCUACCUCCGAUAUAUUAGCAGCAAUAGACCAGGCUGUUUCCGAUGGGGUUGAUGUCUUGUCACUCUCCAUUGGAGGAUCCUCACAGCCUUACUAUACUGAUGUCUUGGCUAUUGCCUCAUUGGGGGCAGUCCAACAUGGAAUUUUUGUUGCUGCCGCUGCUGGAAAUUCAGGUCCUUCUAGUUCAACUGUCAUCAAUACAGCACCAUGGAUGAUGACCGUUGCUGCAAGCACCAUGGAUAGAAGCUUCACUGCCAUAGUCAAUCUUGGUAACGGAGAAACUUUCGAUGGGGAAUCAUUGUAUUCCGGAACGUCAACUGAGCAACUGUCGCUUGUUUAUGAUCAAUCUGCAGGCGGGGCAGGAGCCAAGUACUGCACCAGUGGCACGCUCUCUCCAGAUCUGGUUAAAGGGAAGAUUGUUGUAUGUGAGCGAGGCAUCAACAGAGAGGUUGAAAUGGGACAAGAAGUGGAAAAGGCAGGUGGAGCUGGAAUGCUACUACUGAACACUGAAUCUCAAGGUGAGGAAAUUCGGGUUGAUCCACAUGUUUUACCAGCCAGUUCUCUGGGGGCCUCAGCAGCUAAAUCCAUAAGAAACUAUAUCAGUUCGGAGAAUCCCACUGCUUCCAUUGUUUUCAAUGGGACAACGUUCGGCAACCAGGCACCUGUAAUAGCAUCAUUCUCCUCAAGGGGCCCUGCACACACAGAACCUUAUGUGAUCAAGCCCGAUGUGACAGCCCCGGGCGUGAACAUACUGGCCGCCUGGCCGCCGACAGUCAGCCCAAGCAAGACCAAAAGCGACAACAGAAGUGUACUAUUUAAUGUAAUUUCAGGAACAUCCAUAUCUUGUCCUCACGUUAGUGGCUUAGCUGCAAUCAUCAAAGGAGCCCACCAAGACUGGUCACCUGCGGCCAUCAAGUCAGCCCUAAUGACAUCCGCUUAUACUCUAGACAACAAGAAGGCUCCCAUCUCAGAUACCGGUUCGGAGAGCCCAACAGCCACCCCAUUUGCCUAUGGUUCAGGCCAUGUGGAUCCUGAGAGAGCCUCUAAUCCGGGGCUGGUUUAUGAUAUCAGCUAUGAGGACUAUCUCUACUAUCUGUGUAGCCUCAAGUAUUCAUCUUCUCAGAUGGCUACAAUAUCAAGGGGGAACUUCAGUUGCCCCACAGACACAGAUCUUCAAACGGGUGACUUGAACUACCCUUCAUUUGCAGUACUUUUCGAUGGAAAUUCCCACAACAACAGCGCCACAUACAAAAGAACUGUAACAAAUGUUGGGUACGCUACUACUACUUAUGUGGUGCAGGCCCAUGAGCCUGAAGGAGUAUCAGUCAUCGUUGAGCCUAAGGUUUUAAAGUUCAAACAGAACGGCCAGAAAUUGAGCUACACGGUGAGUUUUGUUCAAUUGGGACAGAAAUCAAGUUCAUCAGGUACAUCUUUUGGAUCUCUUGUUUGGGGGUCCAGCAGGUAUUCAGUUAGAAGUCCUAUUGCAGUGACUUGGCAGUAGGUUUUAGGCGGAAGACCUACCAUGAACCUGAGUCUAGCUAUUACUAUAUUAUAAUGAAUAAUUAUCAGUGGAUGACUGUUCUAAGAAAAUAAGAACAUGAUCCAGGGCAAGAAGAAGUAGGUCUUGUGUCUUUAUAUACUAUGCAAGCGUGUUGUAACUUGGAAAUAUGUAAUGCAAAUUUUAUAUAUAUUAAGCUGUGUUUCCUAAA